AUAAAAGCGAUAUGAAAAUAAUGAUAUUCGUCAGAAGAGAAGGGGUUGCGUACAUGUGGCAACGUCGCUCAUCGAUUCAACCGAACGGAAUCUCCCACAUGACAUAUUAUGACACAUCAUAUAUAACCAAAACAAAUGUUUUUCUGAAUUAUGCGGAUAAAAUAUUGUAAAAAAAUUGGAAUAUAUAUAUAUAUAUGAAUUAUAAGUUACAGUGAUAGGUGUGUUUUGGGAAACAGGACGUUGCCACAUCUUUGUCAACACGAAUGAUACAGGACAAUGAGUGUGUGCGUGAAGCGAUCUCAUUGGUCAAUGCUGUAUCAUUGCAUCAAAAAGUUUAGCCGUUUGUACACGAAUUAACUUUUGGAAGUGACUGUCACUCGACUACCUCCUUAAGAUCUGGAUGAUUUUGAUGGAGAAUAAGAUAUUUCCUGUUACGCUUAUGAUAGUGAAUCAUUAUUCUGCGGAAGUAGAAUUCGCGAAUGGUGGAGAUGCUAACCAGUGUUUGGAUAAGUUAUCGAAAGAGACUAAUAAGUUGAUUGUUACGGUGGAUCAACGGGGUAUAUAUUCUAAAGGUGUUAUUUCGGAUUGGCCUUCAUCGAUUCCGGAUUUAUGGCAAGCUAUGGUAAAUAAAGAAAGUGUCAUUAAAUUAAAACGUAUGUACAGACGAAAAUGGGACGAAAAAUCAAAGAAGUCAAUUAAUGUAAAGACUGACAACAUUGUGAUAACCAUGAAAGCUAGGUUAAUUCUGGAAGGACGAGAAGAUACUGGAGUCGAUUCAGGAUAUGAUAGGUAUGAAAGGCCGGAGAGGUGGCCGUCUUUACCGAGUCGUGGAGUAGCCAAUGAGAAAGCUAAGAGGCGAAAUGAGGUAGAGGAGCAAAUUCCAGUAGAUAACGAGAAUGGUUAUGUUGGCUUUGGAGACCGAGACCAGAGUGGGUUGACUGGACAACGAAGAAGGAAAUCGAUUGAGUCGAAGAUCGGCUAGUUUCUCUGAGAAAGGAGAUAAAAUUAAUAAUGAACAGAGAUAUAGAACGUACCAGAUAUCGAGUUGAGGCCUUAGUGGAGGUCUUGCAAUUGCAAUACGGAAAGAUAUAGAUUUUAACAUAAUUUCCGGUUUCCGGGGUUUGGAUGGUGGAUUUGAUAUUCUUGGAAUUAGAACCAUUAAUCUGAGUAUCAAUUUUAAUGUUGUAUCUGUGUAUCAUUGACCAGGAGGCUCUCUCAGGGUCAAUGACUUUAGGCCCCUUUUUGAUUUUGAUCCAGGUGGCUGUGAAUCUAUUUUUUUAGGAGAUUUUAAUGCGCAUAAUACUUUGUGGAAUUGUGAAUAUAUGGAUACUAUUGGGGAAUCUUUACAAGAGGCUAUGGAACGCAGGGAUUUUAUGUGUGUUAAUAUGGAUACAUCCUCCCGUAUUGGAGCUAUUGGAGAGAGAGACUCUAAUUUGGAUCUAUUAUUCUGCUCUGCUGUUUUGGAUAAUAUUGAGUAUAAUCAGCUAGAUGAUACAUGGGAUAGUGAUCAUUUUCCAAUUGUUUUUAAAUUGGCGACUCAUCGAGGGAUAU